AAUUGGAAGAUCCAGACUCUCCCGCUGGCUCGCAUCAAAAAAAUUAUGAAGAAAUCGGAAAAGGCAGCUGUCAAGUUCAUGAUCUCUGGCGAGGCUCCUUUGCUGAUGAGUAAGGCUUGCGAGCUGCUUGUAAAGGAGUUGUCAGCACGUGCAUGGCAACACACUGAAAGAAAUCGCAGAAGGACCCUGCAAAGACAGGAUAUUCAUGCUGCUGUGGGCGAGAGCGAAGUUUACGACUUUCUUAUCGACAUUGUACCUCGU